UAUAUUUCGGGCAUCCCCAAGAUGAGCUCUCAUAUUAUUAUGUCGUACUUUUGUCGUACUUUUGUCGUAGGCUAUACAUGGCAUAUUAAGCUAUACGACCCUAUAGAGUAAACAUGGGUUUAUACAAGAAACUACCAACAGAUAUUAAGGAGGUGGACAUAAUCAUUGCAGGAGGCGGCACGGCUGGGUGUAUUGUGGCUGGAAGGUUAACUGCAGCUGAUCCGGGGCUCUCGAUCCUAGUCAUUGAAGGCGGCCAGGAAAACUAUGACAACCCUAAGGUGGUAUUACCGGCACUUUACCCCUUGAACUUCCAACCAGAUUCCGAUACAGCAAUUUUCUACAAGUCCGCCAAGUCAAAACAUAUUGCCAAUCGGGAAUAUAUCGUCCCCUCGGGGGGUACUCUGGGCGGAGGUUCCUCCAUGAAUUUCUUGAUGUACACGAGAGCUCAACGCGAUGACUUCGAUUCGUGGAAUACCCCUGGUUGGACUACGGAUGAACUAUGGCCAUACUUAAAGAAGAUCGAGACUUACCACGGGCCGGGGAAAUCGGAACACCACGGGUUUAGCGGACCAAUUCAAGUAUCCAGCGGGCCUUUCCGCGGUCGGACCAUAGAGGAUGACUGGCUACGCGCCGCAGAAGAAGUCGGAUAUCCGGAGAUAAAAGACCUGCAAUCACUGGACACCAACAACGGCUUCCAGCGUUGGCUCAAGUAUGCUACCCACGAAGGAAAACGUUCGGAUGCUGCUCACGGGUAUUUGCACCCUCGACUAGAGGAUGGUAAACAUCCCAAUCUGCAUGUUCUAGUAGAGCAUAACGUAGUGCGUGUUCUGUUUGACGAAAACAAACGAGCUUGCGGAGUCGAGUUCACGCCAAACACGCGGUUCCAACCUCAUGUAAACGGAUCGGCACCACAUCCCAAGCAGACAGUCCGAGCCCGCAAGCUUGUCAUCGUGUCAUGCGGCGCCUGUGGGACACCUCCCGUGCUGGAACGUUCCGGGAUCGGUUCUAAAGAUAUACUGGGCCGAGCUGGCGUCCCCGUUAUCCAGGAGCUUCCUGGGGUCGGGUCUGGCUACCAGGACCACCUGAAAGUCCCUUCUGUAUUCAAGACAUCUCUGAAAGAGGACGAAACGGCCGACGCCCUACUGAGUGGCCGGUUAUCCCUCGAAGAUGCCAUCGCCCAAGAGCAUCCUCACCUCGGCUGGAAUUUUGUGGAUCUGGCCUCUAAGAUCAGACCGACAGACGCCGAAGUCGUAGCUUUAGGACCUGAAUUCCAGGAUUCGUGGCAAAGAGACUUUCAAAAUCGGCCCAAUAAACCACUCGUAGUGAUGGUUGUCGUCAGCGGCUUAUAUGGUGACAACGCCUCGGUGCUACCCACCGGUCAAUUCGUGAGCAUCCUGCCCUUCACGGCCUACUCUUACUCGCGGGGUCACAUGCACAUUACCGGGCCGGAAGUCGGUGAUGCGCUGGACUUCGACACGGGUUUCUUCAACGACAAGAACGACAUCGACCUCAAGAAGUUGAUCUGGGCAUACAAGAAGGGCCGCGAGAUCAUGCGGCGGACUUCUAUGUAUCGCGGCGAGCACCAGCCCUGCCAUCCCCGCUUCCCCGAGGGUUCCAAGGCCGCGCUCGACGAGGAGUGGGACCAAGCCGUUCAGGGCAAGCCGGUCGCCGACCUGGAGUACUCGGCAGAGGAUGAUGCGGCAAUUGAGCAGUACAUCCGGGAGCACGUCGAAACCUCCUGGCACUCGCUAGGCACGGCUAAGAUGGCGCCGCGGGACAAGAUGGGCGUCGUAGAUAAGGACUUGAACGUAUACGGUGUACAAGGACUUAAAAUCACAGAUCUGAGUAUCGCGCCGGAGAAUGUUGGGGCAAAUACUGCAAAUACUGCAAUGAUGAUCGGUGAGAAGGCAGCGGAUAUUAUUGCUAAGGAACUCGGGCUUCUCAUCAGCUGAAAUAGGUGCACGUUAUUGCUAUUCUGACACCUUAGGAGAGUCUAGUAGGGCAACAAAUAGGAUGUCGAAAGUAUAAACAAUGUAAGGUAACAGGUGAUUGAAAUUGGCAAAUCGACGAAUUACCUCCUG